AUGAAAUUGAGAAGUAUGCUCUAUAUUCUGCAACGAGGAGGGAUAAUUCAUGAGCGGGUGGACGCGGUGGACGGUCAAAGCGACCUCCAUUCUUCACUAAGUAAGAGCAGCGUGGACCGCAUGGACGUCAUGUGUGUCGAGGGCGGCGAGGGCAGAGGGUGCUGCUACCAGCCCGCCGACGCAGGGGUUGGUGGUGCUGGGGGUGGGGGUGGAGGUUGGGGUGAUGCCCAGGCCUAG